CACACCUCUUUCUCUCAACUCCACAAUCCACAAUCCACAAUCCACAACCUCCGACGCUGAUACCACCUAACUAGCAGCACUCUCCCCCGUAGCUGCCACCGACCUCCAGAAAAAAAAUGGCUGCCGUACCUGCUGAGAAUGUGGAUGCACCCCGAACUCCCUUCCAGCCCCCCCAGCCAUUGGGAUGUCCCCCACCGGGAUGGAGACCGGAUCUCUCCCCACCUUCCUCUCUAGCCUCAGCACACCUAAGCCCACAACCUAGCGCACCACACGACAUGAAUUAUUAUCUCACCGAGGGGUUAAAGGAUGUGGAGCACCAGCAAUACCGCGAUAGGCAGUCUUUCAUAAGGGCCAUUGACUCACAAGUCAAAAAAUUACGUUCCGGCAAAGCUGGCCAGUACCUAGUAUUUGCCCCUGUGAUGCAAGACCAACUUGAGGUGAUCAAGCGUAUUCGCCAUUCACACCAGAAAGGAGUCCGCUUCCAUUACUUCAACCGUGAAGAGACAUUGAUAGUGAAAAUAUUUGCUGGCGCAGUUCAGGCAAUGGUGGGCAGUGGAUUCGGAACCAGGUUGGAUGUGAAGAUAGGUAGCAUGGGGCUACUUAGUUAUACCUGCCGGAUGGAUGCCGCCAUCUACGAAGGUAAUGGGAGCCAAAAGCAAGCGAACAUUGCCUGGGAACCUUGGUCACCUCGCCACGGUGCAGCCGACUGGCCAACCGUGGUCAUCGAAUGUGGAGUUUCCCAAUCCCGUGAUCGCUUGGAGGUCGAAGCCAACUGGUGGUUCGAGAACUCCGGCGGACAGGUGAAAAUAGUUUUCCUCAUCUCAUUCUCCGAAAAAAGGAAAGAAAUACAUUUCCAGCAGUGGGAAUUGGUCACCGUUCCGGACUCAUAUGUUUCUCCGGGUCAACCUACAGCCACCAGAACUUCUCCAACAAUAAUGCGCGAAUUCGACCUCGCCCCAGGCGUACCAAGCAAAGAGUCCUUGAUGCUCAACUUCGAAAAAGUCUUCCUUCGCCCGCCCGCCUGGGGCAAGGGCCAACACGAAGGGGAUAUUACCUUCUCUCCACAGGAUCUUGAAGAGUACGCUACUCAUGUCUGGCCUAUGGGAAGAAUUGAUCCAACUAUUGUAGUAAGUCAACCCUGCCCUGCUGCUGCUGGAAACUGUGUUCACUGCUAACUGCCUGAACUGCAGAAGGGGUAGAGAGUAGAGGGGACACCGGGAUGAAUAGGUGGUAUUGUAGAUAAUACAUCGAAGGUAGCUUUGGUAGCUGUUAGUUGGGGCGGAGGCACUAGGCAGGGUUUCAAAAAGUGUGCUUUCGAUUUGCUUCUUUUUCUGUACAGCAGUCGUAUACUAUCGAGGCUUUGCACUGCCGAACGCACUCCAGUUACCACAGCAACGAGGUGGGUUAGGGUUACUGGAGUGCAGACUGGAAGUGCCGGGGCUUGCACGCACUCCUGGAGUGCAGCACUAUGCACGCACUUCACCUUGCACUUGGAGGGUAAACAGAUACUGUGAUUGGAGGAUUUCAAUUUCACAACCGAACCUCCAUUCAAAU